AUGAGUCCCGGAAUACUAGAGGCCACCGUCGGGUCCGAUGGACCCCGACAAAAGAACAAGGCCACCCCUGACACGCUGCGAGUCGGCUGCAUUGCUAUGGUCGAGAAAGACGGACAAGCUCGUCGCGCUGAAAUUUUAAGCAUUAAAGACACCAAAAGCGGGCGCCAAUUCUACUGCAACUUCGACAACUUCAACAAGCGACUUGAUGAAUGGGUACCGGUCAAAAGAAUCAACUUUGAGCAAGAUGUCGAGUGGCCGAAUCCUGACAAGGACAAACCGAAAGAUGGGAAAAACAAGCAAGGCGCAACGGCCCAAAAGAAGAACUUGUCCAAAAAAAUCCAGAAGCGUCCGGGGAAGCGGGAACAGUCUGUCACAUCCGAAGCAGCCACCCCAAACCAUCCGUGGUCCGAAUUCGUCGAUUCUCAGCCCCAGUCGAAGGCACCGUCCACGCCGAGAGACUUAGAAUCGAAGGCGGGACAGACGCCUGCAGCUGCAGGUGAUGAAAUGGAUCUGGAUGAGGAUGAGAACACGCCCGACAUCAAGAAAGAGGAUGACGGGUUCAGCCGAGAAGCCGAGAUCGAGAAGCUGCGAACCGGUGGUUCGAUGACACAAAACCCGACCGAACUUUCGCGAAUUCGAAACAUUUCAAAGGUGCAAUUUGGGAAAUACGAUCUUUUCCCAUGGUACUUCUCGCCAUACCCGGAGUCUUUCACACAAGAGGAUGCUAUAUCUGUCUGCGAGUUUUGCCUAAGCUACUACGCCGACCUCAAGUCCUUUGCCAGGCACCGACAAAAGUGCACACUACAACACCCUCCUGGAAAUGAGAUCUAUCGCGACGACUACGUUUCAUUUUUCGAGAUCGACGGUCGGAGGCAGCGCACAUGGUGUCGUAAUCUGUGCCUCCUUUCCAAGAUGUUUCUGGACCAUAAGACCUUAUACUACGAUGUGGAUCCGUUCUUGUUCUAUGUCAUGACACAAAAGACUGAGAAGGGGCAACACCUGGUGGGGUAUUUUUCCAAGGAAAAGGAAUGCGCCGAUGGGUACAACGUUGCUUGUAUCCUGACCAUGCCUCAGUACCAAAGAAAGGGGUUCGGUCGGUUGCUGAUCCAGUUCUCGUACGAACUGUCCAAGAUUGAGGGCAAGCUGGGAUCUCCGGAGAAGCCACUGUCUGAUCUGGGUCUUCUCAGUUACCGACAAUAUUGGUCCGAAAACAUCAUUGACCUGUUGGUCGAGUACAACGAACGCGACGAGAGAUGCACCAUCGAGUCAAUAUCCACAGCCUUGGCUAUGACGACCCAGGAUGUGGAGCACACUCUUCAGGCGCUUAAGAUGCAGGUGUAUCACAAGGGAGAACACAAGGUGGUAUUGCCGGAGAAGAUGAUACAGGCGAGAGAGAAGGCGAGGUCGAAGCAAAAGAGGUACAUUGCGCCGGAACGCAUACAGUGGAAGCCCCCGGUUUUUACUGCUUCGUCACGUACCUGGGGUUGGUAG